AUGACGAUUUCCGAUCUUCCUCACGAUCUGGUAUCAGAAAUACUCGCUAGGGUUCCGGCCAAGUGUCUAGCGAAAUCGGAAACUACUUGCAAACGAUGGUACGCUUUAUUCAGAGAUGAAAAUUUCAUCACAAGGAACAAAAAGAUGAGUAAACCAGUAAGGGAGUCAAUAUUACAGAGUAAUUUUUGGGUUUGUUCAACCGGUGACGAUCUGCAUGGAAUUCACAACAGAACCAGCGUUGAUCCAUCUAUCGAGUUUCCCAGUAAACUUUGUUAUCUAAAGAAGGAUACAAAAGAAAUCAAGAAAAUAUCUCAAAUCUAUACCUGCGACAGUUUGAUAUUAUGCUCAACUGAAGGAAACAAUUGGCUUGUGAUUUCGAACCCUUGUACCGGUCAAAGGAGGCUGAUCAAACCUAGAACUUUUUACCGGGAAGAUGAUACCUAUGCGUUAGGAUACGUAAACAGCAACAAGCCUCCUUCUUCUUCUUCUCCACCUCCUUCUCAUAGCCACAAGAUCUUGAGGUGUUUCUAUCACGAAAACGAGCAGAGUGUCAAGGUUGCUGCGUUUGAGAUGUAUGAUCUUAGCUCUGGUUCUUGGAGGGUUCUUGAUGACUUAACUGGUGACUAUCGCGAAUUUAGAUACGGAAUGUCUUUGAAAGGAAAUACUUACUGGGCUGUUGGAGAUUUAGGAACGGGUCUUUUCUUGAUGAAGUUUGAUUUCACAACAGAGAAGUUUGUGCGUCUCUCGCUUCCCUUUCAGAGCUUUACCUAUGAACUUUCGGCUCCUCUAUCUGUUGUUAAGGACGAAAAACUCUCGGUUGUACAUCAGGAUGUUCAAGACUUUCCGGUUCUGAUGAAAUUUUGGGUGACCAAUAAGGUUGAUGAUGAAGACAAAGACUUGUCUUGGAGGAGCGACUUUGUGUUAGAGGUGGAUUUGUAUAAGUUUGAGUUACCAAGUGUGGUGAGGGUGUCAAGCUUCUUGUUGGACGAGGAGAAUAAAGUGGCAGUGUGUUGUGAUUUAGUCUCCGAUGAUGAUGAAUCUUGGAACUACAGUACCAGGAUCUACAUUGCUGGAGAGGAUAUGUUUAAACAAGUUUACAUAGAGACUCCAAGAAGACUUCGUUGCCUGCGACCACUUCUCCUUACUUAUGUUCCAAGUUUGGUUCGCAUUCAGACACAUAAACCCAUAAGGCAAAAGAAAAGAAGAUUAGUUUAA